AUGGCUGCUAUAAACGCAACGGUGCCCGAGGCGUCCUAUAGCGUGCUUGGUAAUGCUACCGUCUUAUCUGAUGGUUUACUUAACACAACUGCCUUCGACUACGUCUGUUUGGAUGCGCCGGACGAGUACGCAGUCUUCUACGAAUGGGCACAAUUCGUUACCGGACUCAUAAUAUACCCCAUUGUGUGCAUGGUUGGUAUCAUCGGAAAUACACUGACGUUAAUCGUGCUCGGCCACAAGGACAUGAGAACAGCCACCAAUGUGUAUUUGUCUAGUCUGGCUGUUUCCGACACUAUCAAACUUCUAAACGAUCUCAUGUAUUUCGUUUUAGUUGUUUUAAAGGUAGAAAAUCUUGAUGACGAUAAUAAGAUCAUAUUUAACUUUUACCCGUAUGCGCAUUAUAUAUUCAACAUGUCGGUGUGUGUGACCGCCUGGCUUACAGUGUCCGUGGCCGUAGAUCGAUAUAUUGCGGUUUGCCACAUCACAAAGGCCAAAGAGAUGUGCACUAUUGCGCGUGCGCGUAUCGUGAGUACGGUAGUGUUUGUGUCUAUGAUCACCCUGUCCGUACCCUCCGCAUUACGGUACAAACCCAUGCUUCAGCACGAUGACCGUCUGAACGUGUCCUGCUAUAAAAUUCAACAGAGCACACUUGGUGAAAAUGACCAGUUCAUGACCCCAUACACCUGGGUCCAGAACUCACUGCGUUCCAUCAUACCACUUAUUGUCCUCAUCUUCCUCAAUGCGAGGAUCAUUAAUGAGCUAAGGAAACAACGUGUGCCGGGCAAAAAGCUCUCGUCGAGGAACAGGAUUACCCUCAUGCUUAUAGUCAUCAUUCUGUGCUUUGUCGUGUGCAUUAUGCCAGAUGCAGUGAUGUCGUUGUUUUUUGGAUUUGGAUAUGUUGAUGAGACCAACUUGGUUCGAGGAAUACGCGAAAUCACGGAUUCACUUCUAGCUGUCAAUUCAGCUUUGAACUUUUUACUUUACUGUAUUAUGAGCAAGGUGUUCCGAACGACAUUUAUAAAGAUAUUUUGCAAGAGUAGUACAGUUCAGCGAAAGGUUUCUGAGCGCGUGUUGCAAAACGGCCAUAGUGGUUGCGCCGUGUCAGUUGCAAGAAAAGACAGCAACAGUUGCAGUGGCAAUAACAACAAGGACUCUUUGGAAACGUACGUCUAG